AAUUGUAAAAGAAAAUGUUUGAGUCUAUAUAUAUAUUGAUGUGUCAGAUUAUAUUAGCUCAAGAAAACUCUGAGGAACAGCAUUUAAAUCGCGAACAAGCCAAAGAAAAUAUAGUACGCUAUUAUAUGACGUCAAACUCAUGCGACGACGUUUACCUCGUGGACCAUUUUUUUUUUCAAUAUGAGCCAAACAACCGCAGUAACGCCUGGAAGUACCUUGUCGUGAGCAUGAGAACCAUUUUCGCUCUCGUGUGUUGACACUCUCCAGCCUUAAAGACGCGACAGCGAGUGCUCUUAGGAAAUCUUGUUUUCUAGAUCAUGCCCUACGAUCCCGACCAUCCUCCGGCUAAAAAAUUCAAGCCGGGGUCCGUUUUCUUUCGCCUCGACAAGCAGAAACCUGGUAUGCUGCUGCCUGGGAAGGCAAAAGCGACCACCCCGAUUGAUGUCCAGAGGAAACAGCUUCCCAUUUACCAAGCGAGGGCUCAGCUUUUGAGCCAACUAAGACAGCUCCACAAUGCUAUUCUGAUAGGCGAGACCGGCUCAGGGAAGACGACCCAGAUCCCCCAGUAUCUGUAUGAGGCUGGGAUCGGACGGCAGGGCCUCGUUGCUAUCACUCAGCCCCGUCGAGUGGCUGCGAUCUCACUGGCAGGCAGGGUGGCUGAAGAGAAGGGGACGCAACUUGGCAAGCUGGUGGGCUACACUGUGCGUUUUGAGGACGUCACAUCCCCCGAGACAAAACUGAAGUUUAUGACUGAUGGCAUGCUCUUACGCGAAGCCAUUGGUGACCCCUUACUGCUGCGCUACACCGUUGUGGUCCUGGAUGAAGCUCAUGAGCGCACCGUGCACACAGAUGUCCUGUUUGGAGUUGUCAAGACAGCUCAGCGCCGGCGCAAAGAACUUGGCAAGAUUCCUCUGAAAGUCAUCGUGAUGUCAGCUACAAUGGAUGUCGACCUGUUCUCGGAAUACUUCAACAAGUCACCUGUACUUUACCUGGAGGGCAGGCAGCAUCCCAUUCAGAUCUACUACACCAAACAGGCUCAGUCCGACUACCUGCAAGCUGCUCUCGUCACUGUGUUCCAGAUACAUCAGGAAGCACCUCCAUCACACGAUAUAUUGGUCUUCAUGACGGGCCAGGAAGAGAUCGAGGCUCUAGCAAGGACAUGUCGGGACAUUGCCAAACAUUUGCCUGACAAUUGUGGACCUAUGGUAGUCGUCCCUCUGUAUGCGUCACUGCCUCCGAUGCAACAGCUCAGGGUCUUUCAGGCAGCUCCAAAGGGUUGCAGGAAGGUUAUCUUGGCAACCAACAUAGCAGAGACGUCAGUGACAAUAUCUGGGAUCAAAUAUGUCAUUGACACAGGGAUGGUGAAAGCCAAACGUUUCAAUCCUGACAGUGGGUUGGAGGUGCUGGCAGUGCAGCGCGUUUCCAAAGCGCAGGCGUGGCAACGAGCGGGCCGGGCCGGCAGGGAAGACUCAGGAAUUUGCUACCGUCUCUACACGGAGCAAGAAUUUGAUCAUCUCAUUCCUAUGACUGUGCCCGAGAUUCAGAGGUGUAACCUCGCCAGUGUGAUGCUACAGCUCAUGGCUCUAGGGAUUCAAGAUGUUAUGAAUUUUGAUUUCAUGUCCAAGCCCUCCCCAGAUGCCAUUCGCUCAGCUGUGGAGCAUUUGGAGCUGCUGGGGGCUGUGGAAAGGAACAAUGGGCAGGUUCUCCUCACUGCAUUGGGAAAAAAGAUGUCCAGCUUUCCCCUGGAGCCAAGAUAUGCCAAGACCAUCCUGCUAUCCCCCAACUAUGCCUGCUCUGAGGAGAUUUUAAGCAUCGUGUCUCUGCUGUCAGUGGACAGCGUGCUGUACAACCCCCCGGCAAGACGUGAAGAGGUUCUUGCUGUGCGCAAGAAGUUCAUGUCCAGUGAAGGAGAUCACAUGACGCUCCUCGGCAUUUACAGAGCAUUCAAGAAAGUCAGUGGGAAUAAGGAAUGGUGUCGCGAGAACUUUGUCAACAGCAGGAACAUGGGCCUAGUGAAAGACGUCCAAAGUCAACUCAGAGAAAUAUGCUUUAAGCUGAACUUAAAGCUGGAGUCAUGUGGAGCGGACACAGGGAAGGUUCGCCAAUGCCUCGCCCACGGGAUGUUUAUCAACGCUGCGGAGCUUCAACCCGACGGCAGCUACUUAGCCCUGGACACCCACCAGUCGGUGGCCAUCCACCCUUCGUCUGUUCUUUUCCAGGCGAAGCCAGCGUACGUGGUGUUCAAUGAGCUGCUGCACACCUCACGUUGCUACAUGAGGGACUUGUGUCUGGUAGAUGCUGAUUGGUUGCUUGAUGCAGCACCGGAGUACUUUGGCCGCAAACUCCGCCCGACCAAGAGUUAACCGUUUGUGUUUAGUGCACCUCACUAACCCAGAGUUAUGUUUUUAUAUAUAUGUUCCGGUCAAAGUCCAAAAAUCAGGUUACACUGGCACCGAAGCAAAGGAACUCUGUCGUAAACUAAGGACCGCCUCUACGUGGGACUAUCAUAACAUCCUUUGGACACCUCCUUAGGUCAUAAGAGUGCUCAAUAAAUUAUAUUGUAAUACUGUAUAUAGUGAUGGAUUAUACUACCUCCCACUUGAGUCUUAAGGUAUCACUGCAGCAUGAAUCUGCACAUUGAUGUCUCACAACUCCGAUUUGCCAGUUUUAGUAAUCCCAUUUUGCAAAAUGUUCGGCUGCUUAACAGGGAUUUGUUCUGGGAUGUUAGAAUUUCUUCUCAUUCGCUUGUAUUUUAAAAGAAUAUGAAUCGCAGUUUACCGUCAGUUCAUGUAUUCUUUGCUGUGAAUGUCAGCCUAUGUAGAAUAGAAAUAUUUGCAAACCAAAUGUUGACAAGCUUCCAAAGAAAGUUCAUGUUUGAUUAAACCAGACCUUGUAUGUAUUGAUUUGAUACAAAGUGCUCUUUAGGAGGUUUUACAUAUGCAUUGGCUGUAGUUGAUUCAGUCAACAAAGUAUUUAAAAAUGUUAACGUUUUGACAAUUUGUUGCGGCAUGUAAUAUGAGCUCGCUUUUGUAAUAUCUGCACCCACUUGGUGCAUGCUUUUUGACAUAUUUUCCAAAUACUGUACUGACCCGUCAGGGGAAGAUGCAUGACAGCAUCUGUUGAUUCUACCUUUUGAUAUUCUCUGUAGGUAGCUCAGAAAAUGUAUGCUAUGCAUGGAGAAGAAAAUUACAAGAAAAUAUCUGAUGACUGAUUUCUUUUGCACUUUGUAGAAAGUAAAUCACAGCUUGUGAACGUUUCUUUUGUGAUUUUGUACACUUGGGACUCAGGAUUGUACAAUAAAUACCUUCAAAUAUUUUUACACUAUGGAAACCAUGUAAGAACACCCGCGUGUACUGUUCUAAUAAAAUGACUGCAUUUGACAAGGU